UGUUAUCAUAAUAGUUUAUACAGUUUUAAUGUUGAUACCUUCAAUUGGAAGGAACUCUCUCCUACUACAUCUCAUCAUGGUCCUAUGGUGAAGACUGGCUCUAGCAUGAUAGCAAUAAAAGUGAAAGAUGAGGACUAUCUUGUAGUAAUUGGAGGGUAUGGAUCAUCUUCUAAUAAUACCCCACCACAACCUAGUGCCCAGUACAGUAAAGAUGGUGAUAUUCAAUGGUGCAAUGAAAUACACAUGUACAGAUUAAAAACUGGUGAAUGGACUUCACCAACUGUCACUGGAGAUAGACCACCUCCUAUUUAUAACUUCACUUUAACAUCAAUAACUAAUACCACUGCUAUAUUGUUUGGUGGUUAUGAUGGUCAUAGAAUGAGUAAUGAUGUAUAUGUAUUUGAAUUUACUGAUACAUCAGUGAAAUGUACAAAAUUUUCUAAUCCUGGAAGAUCAGUACAAUGGCCUAAGGAGAGAAGUCUUCAUUCCAGUGUAUUGAUCAACUGUAGCUCAAGACCACACCUACUAGUGGUGGGUGGAUUGGGUACCAGUGACUGUUGGUUGUUAAAUAUAAACAAAAUGGAAUGGAAAGAACUGACUAAUAUACCAGACAGUGUCACUGAUAGAUUGCGUAAUUCUCUCUCAGUUUGGAAUGAGACACAGACCACUCACUGGAUAAUUGAGUUUGGAGGAAUUGGAAGUGAUUAUUCAUCAAUCAGUGAUACAAGAUUUAUUGAAAUGAUAUCUAGUACUGGUGAUUUGGUAGUACAGUCAGUACUGGACAUUAAUGAAUAUCAGAAGAGAAGAAUACAAGGUAUUAACACAUACAUGUACAUGUACAUGUACCAAACACGUGUUUCACUUAUGUGAGGUACGCUCAUGCUUGCCGGCCAAUAAAUAAUUCUAUUUCAUGUAUUAGCAGC